AUGGGUGAGAGCAGCCUCGAGAGCGCCGGCAAGGUCGACGAUGAGAAAAAGUCGAGUACCACCGGGGACCGGGCCGACAGUAGUAGCCCGGUUAACGACGACAAGGAGGCCAAAGAGGUCAAGGCACGGCCCGAGAGAGAGGCCACCGCCGCCGACUACUUUCGCGUCUUCACCUACGCGAAGAAAUGGGACUUCGUCCUGAUGGCCGCCGCCGCUAUUGCCAGCAUAGGUGCUGGUACCACCAUGCCCCUAAUGAACGUCGUCUUCGGUAGGUUGGUUGGCGACUUCAACAACUACGCCACGCCGGACGCCCAGUCCCCCGACGAGUUCUCGCAACAGAUCAACCGCAUGUCCCUGUACAUGUUCGCCCUCUUCAUCGCCCGCUUCGGCCUGAACUACAUCAACAAGUUCUGCUUCCGUCUCAUCGGCAUCCGCAUGUCGGCCGCUAUCCGCCUGCACUACCUCCAGUGUCUGUUUAGCCAGACCGUCCACGUCCUCGACUCGAUGCCCUCGGGUGCCGCCGCCAGCACCAUCACGGGUACCUCCAACACACUGCAGCUCGGCAUCUCGGAGAAGUUGGGCACCUUCCUCGAGUUCACCUCGACCAUCGUUGCCGCCAUCAUCAUCGCGUUUACCUACAGCUGGUCCUUGACCCUGGUGACCGCGUCCGUCAUCCUCUUCAUCUCGCUCGUGCUCUCUAUCCUCUUGCCCUUUAUCAUCAAGGGGCAGACGAGACUCACCCGGGCCGACGCCAAGGGUACCUCGGUGGCUACCGAAGCCUUCAGCACCAUCCGCAUGAUCACCGCGUGCGGCGCCCAGGACCGGAUGAGCCAGCGAUAUGCCGAGUGGGUAACUAAGGCCAAGCAGGCCACCCAGUUUGGCGCCCCCUUCAUGUCUAUCCAGUUUGGUGCCGUCUUCUUUGGCCUGUACGGCGCCUUCGCGCUGGCGUUCUGGUUUGGCAUGAGGUCCUACAUCGAAGACCGUCUCGAGGGCGUCAGCACCGUCCUCAUCGUUCUGAUGUCCGUCAUGCUCAUGGUCAUCUCCCUGGAGCGCAUCUCGACCCCGCUGAUCGCCGUCUCCAAGGCCAUGGUGGCCGCCGCCGAGUUCUUCGCCGUCAUCGAUGCGCCGAAGCCGAACAUGGGCACGUUGAAAGAGCCCGACGUCUCGGCCGAGCAGGACAUUGUGUUUGAGGACGUACACUUUGCCUACCCGAGCCGCCCCUCCAAGAAGGUCCUCGACGGCCUGAAUCUCCGCAUCGCCGCCAACCUGAACACCGCCAUCGUGGGCCCCAGUGGCUCGGGCAAGAGCACCAUCGUCGGCUUGAUCGAGGGAUGGUACACCCUCCAUGACCAAUAUGUGAUCGCCAAGGCCGUCGAGAAGGACAAGAAGAAGGAGGAGAAGGAGAAGAAAAAGAAGAAGGGCAAAAAGGUGGACGACGAAGAUGACGAAGAAGAUGUUGUUGCUCCGCUGGAUGCUGAAGAUCUUGGCCCCCCUGUCGAGCUGAAAGGUAGCAUAUCAACAUGUGGGAAGCAGCUCGGGGACAUCGAUAUCAAGUGGUGGAGGUCGCAGAUCGGUCUGGUACAGCAGGAGCCCUUCCUCUUCAACAAUACCAUCUUUAACAACGUUGCUACCGGCUUGAUCGGGACGCAGUGGGAGAACGAAUCGGAGGAGGUCAGGCGUCAGCUCGUCAAAGAGGCCUGCGCCGAGAGCUUCGCCGACGAGUUCAUCGACCGGCUGCCGGACGGCUACGACACUCAGGUGGGCGACUCGGGCGCCAAGUUGAGCGGUGGCCAACGCCAGCGGAUUGCCAUCGCCCGAAGCAUCAUCAAGAAACCCAAGAUCCUUAUCCUCGACGAGGCUACCUCGGCCAUCGACGUCCGCGGAGAGCGGAUCGUGCAGGCGGCGCUAGAGAGGGCUUCCAAGGGCCGCACCACCAUCACCAUCGCCCACCGGCUGUCCACCAUCAAGAACGCCGACCGCAUCUGUGUCUUGCAGAACGGCGUGGUCGCCGAGGAAGGGACCCACGACAACCUGCUCGAGAACGAGCUGGGCGUCUACUACGGCCUCGUCAACGCCCAGAAGUUGUCCCUGGGCGAUGAGACGGGCGAAGAGCUCCUCCACGACGAAGACAUCGGUGCCGUGCUCGCGCGCGAGAAGAGCGCCGCCAAGUCGGUCGCUGAGACCGCGAAACAGGAAGCCAAGUGGAAGGUCCGAGGCGUAUUCAAUGGGUUCGGAAAGCUCUUGUACGAGCAGCGAAGCCGGUUCCCUCUCUACGUCAUUGCCGUCAUUGGCGCCAUGGGCGCAGCGGCUGCAGUGCCAGUACAAGCCUACCUCUUCGCACAGGUGAUCACCGUGUUCCAGGAAACGGACGAGGUACUUCUCAUGGAAGGCGCCGUCUUCUGGGCAAAGAUGUGGACCGCCCUCGCCGCUGGCGUUGGGGCCAGCUACUUCUUGACCGCGUUCGUGUCCACCAACUUGGAGGGUCACAUCUCGGCGACCUACCGACGGGAGUACUUCGAGUCGAUCAUGGCCCAGCCCACGUCCUACUUUGACAGAGACGACAACGCGACCGGCCAGCUGACGGCACGUUUAUCUAGCGAUCCGCAGGCGCUGAAGGAGCUGCUGGGCAUUAAUCUUAUGAUGCUGCUCGUCGGUAUCUUUUCCCUCGCUGGCGCGCUCGCCAUCUCGUUCGCGUACGGCUGGAAGCUCGCCCUCGUCGCCCUCUGCGUGACGGUGCCGCUUGGCAUCCUGGCCGGUUUCUUCCGGGUCCGGUACGAGCUGCAGUUCAACGCCAUGAACGAGGAAGUGUUCCAGGAGAGCUCCAAGUUCGGCGCCGAGUCCAUCGGCGCGUUCCGGACCGUCAGCGCCCUCGUCAUGGAGGACAGCAUCUGUGACCGGUACCAGAACCUGCUCGACGGCCACGUCACGGCGGCCUACAUGAAGGCCCGGUUCACCACCAUCAUCUUUGCCUUCGCCGAUAGCGUUAGCUUGGGCUGCCAGGCGCUCAUCUUCUGGUACGGCGGCCAGCUGCUCCUCAGCAGGGAGUACGACGUCGGCGCCUUCAUCGUCACGUACAUGGCCGUGAUCCAGGGCGCCGAGUCUGCCGGCCAGUGGCUGAGCUUCGGCCCCAACGCAGCGCAGGCCGCCGCGGCGGCCAACCGCAUCCUGCACGCCCGUGAGACGCGCAUCACUAACGCCUCGCAAUCCAAGGACCAGAUUACCGACACGGACGGCGGCGUCAGGAUCGAGCUCAAGGACGUCCACUUCAAGUACCCCACGCGCGACGUCUCCAUCUUCAAGGGCCUCAACAUCACCAUCGAGAAGGGCCAGUUCGCCGCGCUGGUCGGCGCGUCCGGGUCCGGCAAGACGUCCAUCGUCAGUCUUUUGGAGCGGUUCUACGACGUGUCCAAGGGCCAGAUCCUGUUCAACGGCAAGGACAUCACCGACGUCAACGUGUACGAGUACCGCAAGCUGCUAUCGCUGGUGGCGCAGGAGCCGUCGCUCUUCCACGGCACUAUCCGCGAGAACCUCCUCCUAGGGGUCGACCCCUCCACCGUCACCGACGAGCAGCUCCACCAGUGCUGCCGCGACGCCAGCAUCCACGACUUCAUCGUCUCCCUACCCGACGGCUACGACACCAACAUCGGCAGCCGCGGCGUCAGCCUCAGCGGCGGCCAGAAGCAGCGCAUCUCCAUCGCCCGCGCCCUCAUGCGCAACCCGCGCGUGCUGCUGCUCGACGAGGCCACCAGCUCCCUCGACUCCGAGAGCGAGAAGCUUGUGCAGGCCGCGUUCGAGCGUGUCGCGAAGGGCCGCACCACGGUCGCGGUGGCCCAUCGCCUCGCCACCAUCCAGAAGGCCGACAUCAUCUACGUGCUCGGCGAGGGCAAGGUGCUCGAGAAGGGCACACACGCCGAGCUGCUCAAGCAGAAGGGCGUGUACUGGCAUAUGUGCCACAACCAAGCGCUCGACAGGUAG